AGUCAAAAACACAGCAUUGCACCAGCUACUAAGAAGGAGAAAAAAUGACUGCUGUCAUGAACCCACGACACCAAUGCAUCUGCUCUUUGAGUGGGAUUAAGGUGGCAAUAUAAAGCAGUAGCAUUAGAAACUGGCAGCAGGAGGGCAGUUGAGGAAGAGGGUGAAGAUAGGAGAUCUGUGAGCUCUGCUGGCCGCAGAAAGUGGCGCUAAUGCCAUUUACAUCGACUCCUGUGCAGCGUCUUCUGGAGACUGGAAGAUCCCAGCCUUUGAAGGUGGGAUGGGUAAAAGGCCACGCACAGGUUAAAACUCCUGCUGCAGAGUGGAACCCACAAGUAGAUCACUUAGCCCAGAUCAGUGUAAUGACCUGUGAAAAGGUAGACUGGGAUCACUUAAGUGAAUGGUUGCAUAUCAAGCAAGGCCACUCAGGCAAGGCAGACCUCUGUUAGGAAUGUUGAUCCUGAGGCUGGCCAGUGCCUAUGAAAACCCCUGAAGCGAUCCUCACAGCUUGCCCACAAUGUCGGAUGAGAAUUAAGACCAACCACCUGAACCAAGCCCCUGCCCAGCAUAUUAAACAAGACAGGACUCUCUGGAACGCCUGGCAGAGCGAUUACAUCAGGCCCUUGAACCCAUCCAAUCGAGAAAAAUGUCACCGUUGUCCACACCUGCCCUCCAGGCCCUAUGACAAAACUGAGAAGCCAUGCAUGCUGUCGGAGUACAAGGAGCAAUACCCCCUUCAUCCUAUCACUGCUCCCGAAGACUCGUUUAAGCCAAAGACAGUGUACAAGGCAGCAGACGUACACAUGGAAGGCACCUCAACUACAAAGAGAGAUUACAUAGCUCAUGAAGUGUCGCAACGGAAACUUAAAUCACCUCGAAAGCAUGUCAAGUGUGAUGAGACUAUGGUUUGCACCACCACUUACAAACAAGAUUAUAACUCCUACCCUAUCUCUCAAGUACCUCCAUGCCUCCCCUGUGAGACGAAACACAUCCCCAAUGUCAAGAUGAAUACAAGAACCACUUAUGAAGAUGACUAUGUGCUAUGGAAUGAGCCAAAGACAGACCCAAUUAGACCAGACGACAGGUUUCGCCCAUCAGAAGAAAAAUUUGACCACAGAACCAUUUUCCAGGAUGACUAUCUCUACAGGGGGCCAGUGGCUACUCUAAACUUCAAACCUCCAAAUCAAGUCCAGAAAACCAAGGCUCCCGAGUAUAUAACUAAUUAUAGAGUGAAUUAUGUGCCACAUCCUCCGGAGAAGCGUUAUGUCUAUGAAAAAGAGAAAUAUAAGGCCAAUGAGGUCCCAUUUGAUGGCCUCACUACCCACAAAGUUUCUUACAAGGGGAUGGCUGGGCAGCCAGCCAAACUUGCAAAACCAUGCCAAUCGAAGUGUCUCAAUGAUAUUCCAUUUUCCUCUACAACUGAGUUUCAGGAAAAAUACCAAGCUUGGCCACAGGCCCCCAUAUUCACCAAAAAACCUGUUGUAUAUCUUCCUCCUCUUGAGAAAAUGGACCUUCAGACCACUACUAAGACACAUUACAAAUACCCAAAUGGCAAGCCAGCCAAGAUGUGUCAAUCUGUGGCCCAGAUAACUAAAAGUUCUGGGCCAUUCAAUAGCUCUUCUACAAUGAAAGAAGACUAUAAGCCUUGGCUGUGCAAGAGGCUAAAACCUAUCAUUCAUGCUCCAGAGCUGACUUUCUCGGCAAAGCCCAUGGAUUGCGUGACUACCUUUCAGACCCAUUAUGUGCCUCAUCGGCCCACAGUUACGAAGAGCUAUAAACCUGCCUGGUCAGGCCCAAAGGAUCAAACUCCACUACAAGAUAAAACAAUCUACGCUACCAGCUACACACCAAAAGCCUUUGUUAGAUGCUUAGCCUCUUACAAACAUCCACCUGGUUACAUCUUUGAGGGAACUAAUGCUGAUGGUCACAAUCUCUAUCUACCUGCUUCCAAGAGUCGAGUGCCUGCAAGGUUGACACGGAAGGAAGAAGAGAGUGGAUGCAGUCAUCUUGGUAAUGGAUUCAAAGAGCAAGGCCCCCGUGAGCUACAAAUGAAAGCUUGAUUUUCUUUGUAACCUUCUUUCAAACCAG